AAUGCGUGGCCCGUCAAGUUUUCCGUUCGGUUUCCGUCUCCAACGUCGUCCCCGGCGACGAGACACGGCGGCCGAGGAGAGCCUGGGCACGCCUAGCCUGGAGAGGGGAUGUUCUGGCUGCAGGCGAGCUGCGCAUUGAGCAGCUGCGCCCACGGAGCCUGCGAGCCGGGUGCGGCGAGGCGGCAAGCCGCGGGCGGUGAGGCCUGCGGCGUCCACGGAGCCGGCGAGUUGGGCCCCGCGGACUGCACACGGCGGCGACCUGGGCGGCGGUGGCCACGGAGGUGGCGAGCUGGCCGCGGCAAACAAUCAAAGAGCGAGGUAAGCUGGGGUCAAAGGUGAAAUUCCCCAUCCAUCAAAACAAAAAGCAAGAGCAGAGCAGAAAUGCCCGCGCCCCACCUCCGCAGCAGCAGCCGCCACCACCUCACCAUCGCCGCCGUCGCAAAAUCCCACGCCACGCUGCUCAAGUCCGGUGUCACCUCCCCCACGCCCUGGAACCAGCUCCUCACCGCCUACUCCGUCUCCUCGCCCGGCCUUGCCGCCGCCCGCCGCCUGUUCGACGAAAUCCCCCGCCUGGAUGCCGCGUCCUGGAACUCCCUCCUCGCCGCGCACGUCUCCAUCGGCGCGCACCCUGCCGCGUGCCGCCUCCUACGGGCCAUGCACGAGCGUGGGCUCGCCGCAAACACCUUCGCCCUCGGCUCUGCUCUCCGCUCGGCUGCCGCCAUGGGCUGCUCUGCUUUGGGCACCCAGCUGCACUCGCUCGCCGUGAAAGCCGGCCUCGCCGAUAACGUCUUCUCUGCGACCGCAUUGCUCCACAUGUACGCUAAAUGUGGCCGCACGAGGGAUGCUUGUCGGCUGUUCGAUGGGAUGCCGGAGCGGAACACUGUUUCUUGGAAUGCGCUCGUUGCUGGUUAUGUGGAAUCUGGGAAGGUUGCUCCAGCGGUUCAGCUGUUUGUUGAGAUGGAGAGGGAGGGGUUUCUUCCUGACGAGGCAACGUUCGCCGCGUUGCUCACAGUGGUCAAUGACUCCACUUGUUUCCUGAUGCACCAGCUGCAUGGGAAGAUUGUCAAAUAUGGAUCGGCGUUGGGCUUGAUAGUGUUGAAUGCAGCAAUUACUGCCUACUCGCAAUGUGGGGCCCUGGCAAAUUCUAGAAGGAUCUUUGAUGAAAUUGGGGACAGAAGUGAUUUGAUCUCAUGGAACGCAAUGCUUGGAGCUUACGCUACCCAUGGGAUGGAGCAUGAGGCGAUGAGAUUCUUUGCUAGCAUGAUGCGAGCGAGUGGAGUUCAGCCUGACAUGUAUAGUUUCACAAGUAUCAUAAGUGCGUGCGCAGAGCAUCGCGACCACGGAGGUACAGUAAUUCAUGGUUUGGUGAGCAAGAAUGGCUUCGAAGGAGUCACACAUGUCUGCAACGCUCUAAUUGCCAUGUACACUCGAUUUAGUGAGAACUGCAUGAUGGAAGAUGCGUACAAGUGCUUUGAUUCCUUGCUGCUCAAGGACACCGUCUCCUGGAAUUCUAUGUUAACUGGGUAUUCACAGCACGGUUUGAGUGCUGAUGCCUUGAGAUUCUUCAGAUGUAUGCAGUCAGAAAAUAUUACAACUGAUGAGUAUGCUUUCUCUGCUGCCCUGCGUUCAUGCUCAGACCUUGCUUUACUUCGGCUAGGUAGACAAAUACACGGUUUGGUCAUCCGUUCUGGUUUUGCUUCCAACAAUUUUGUUUCCAGCUCACUGAUCUUCAUGUAUUCUAAGAGCGGCAUUCUGGAUGAUGCAAUGAAGUCUUUUGAGGAGGCAGAUAAGAGCAGCUCUGUGCCCUGGAACUCUAUGAUGUUUGGAUAUGCGCAGCAUGGAAAGGCUCAAGCCGUGCGCAGCCUCUUCAAUCAGAUGCUGGAGCUUAAGGUUCCUUUGGAUCAUAUUACAUUUGUUGGCCUGAUUACUGCCUGCAGUCAUGCUGGUCUUGUGGACGAAGGUUCAGAAAUCCUCAAUACGAUGGAAAGUCGGUACGGAAUUCCUCUUCGGAUGGAGCAUUAUGCAUGUGGCAUUGAUCUGUAUGGGAGGGCUGGGCAGCUCGACAAAGCAAAAGAGCUUAUUGACUCCAUGCCAUUUGAACCAGAUGCCAUGGUGUGGAUGACCCUAUUAGGGGCUUGCAGAGUCCAUGGGAAUAUGGAACUAGCGAGUGAUGUGGCCAGCCAUCUAUUGGAGGCAGAACCUAGACAGCACUCCACCUAUGUUCUCCUCUCCAACAUGUAUUCUGGUCUUGGGAUGUGGAGUGAUAGAGCAAUCGUGCAGAAGGAAAUGAAGAAUAAAGGAUUAAGCAAAGUCCCUGGUUGGAGCUGGAUCGAGGUGAAGAAUGAGGUGCACUCUUUCAAUGCAGAGGAUGGGUCGCACCCAAGGAUGGAUGAAAUAUAUGAGAUGUUGAGUUUGUUGCUUCAUAAUUUCCCCAUGCAGCUGCUGCAUCAAGAAACAAGUGGAGCCAUCGACUGCUGUGAGCAAUUUGCCUCUUAAUAUUUUUAUCAUUAUCAUUUUACAUUUAUUUGCAUCACUUCUGCUCUUUGAGUUUAGAACCACCGUCAGUUUUUCCACACACAUGAUAUUUUGGUUGGCCACAGAACUAUCAAAUUAUGGGCAUUAACCAGCCAGCCCCUGUUGGAGAUGAUUGGGCACAAUUCUCUUGUAUGUUCUGUGGAUGCACAUUCUGCUCUGAUUGCUAAUGACAGUGAAGACCGCUGUGUCAAUAUAUUGAAAGCUGCUUAAAGUGACCAUUAAACAAGUAACAAGAAGUGCAGACAAGAAUAGCAGAGGGACAGCGACAGUGCUAGCCGGAAGAUCAUUAUGUAAAAAAGAAACUUUAUUCUAGGUAUUACUGCUACCAUGAUGUGCUUCCUAUCUUGUUAUUAUCUACUGAAAGCUUCAAAUCUACCAAAAGAAUCUUUAUUCUAGGUGGAAGGGAAGCCUCCAUCCUGCUGGUUGGGGCUUUUGAGUGCAAUUUUGAUGUCACACCAUGAAUUGAGGUUCAAUAUUUUGAUAGUUUUGGCAAAGAAAAGUUUAUCUAGUCUGUAUUUUAGCUGAGUUUGUGUACGCUGCAUGCUGAGUAUCUGUGACUGAAGAAUUUGCAAACAUAAAUACAUAAUGGCAGGGAGUCCUCUGUGUC